UUACACAUUCGACAAUUUUGUAGCUAGCUAUGAAAUACAAUUUGUAGAGAGCAAAAUGCCUCUCCAAUGGGCUCUUCUUCGCCGAUUUAGCCCAAGUUUUCACCAGCAAUGUUGUGUGAGUUUGGGUUGUGGGCACCGUCCACGAGCGGAGCCCUUCAAGAGAAAUUCUCACCACGUCGCUGUUGAAAGGUGCACUUUGCCCAGAUGUUAUCAGGAAUAUGAUGGCACAAGGGCGUUUCAUACAAGUUGCGCUUCGCUCCUCCCCAGGAACUUCAAUAGAACUGACUCCGAUGCUGCUCCUCUCUACGGCGAGGAGAGUAUAUUCCAGCCCUCCGAGCAGAACGAUCAUGGAAAAUUCUCCACUUCGGAUGAAGAUAACGACGUCACAGACAAGAUGACCUUGGAUCAGUCCGAAAUGAUGACUGAUGACGCUGAAAGAUUCAUUGAUCUAGAAGCUGCGCCGGGGGACGAAGUUAUCGCAGAACAAUUAAUCAUUGAUAAGGUUAAAGGGGCAAGUGAUCUCAGGAGAAUCCUCAACUACAUGGAAGCAGUGGAGAAGCCAAAAUCUCUGCGUUCCAGAGUGAACUUGGGACUGGUAGGGUUGUCGUUCGAAUCCUUGCGCAAUGUCAUCGUGUCCAUUAUGAGAGAUUGUGGACUGACUGAGACACAGGCGUUUAAUGUUGCUAUAUGCCUGCGAGGCAGCAAGCCUCCUCCGCACCUGAAAGAGACGAUCAAUGUUCUACUUCAACACUCUAUCUCACUCAACAAGAUUCUCAAUGAGCAACGGGACUCACUUUUAGCACUGCUUGUAGUUCCUCCUGGACAGCUGGAGGAGCGGUUGCUGGUUUUAGAAGAUGUUGGCUUCACUAGCGAAGAAAUUGGCCAGCUCGACGUCACCAGCCUUCUCCUGCCUAUUCAAGAUCACAUUCUAGAGCGGCUACGCAGUCUUACCAAAUAUGAUGGAGGCAAAACGGCUGGAUUGCGAGCACGCAGCCUGCUGCGACUUGCGCCCCGGCAAAUCACUCUGCAGUGCUCCGAGUCAGACGUUCAAACGUAUGUCGCGGUGGAGAAGGUGCUCAUCGAGCUGGGCAUCAAGGCAGCCAUAACUGCGAAGAGCUUUGACUCGGCAUCUAAUGCCACCACUCUUCGUCACAAUCUGAUUUGUCUCACUGCUCCACCGUUGAGCCUGUCAACAGCUACACUUGGUGUACUAAUGAGCCAUCGUUCCACCUCAACAGUAUUAACUCAGUUUGAUGAGAGGUUCAUUGGGCGGCAUGUCAGGUGUUUGAUUGAGCUCGCCGAGCUGUGUUUUCCUGAGGAUCCUGUUGCCAUGCUUGUCCAAAAGAUCGAACAGUUCCCCGGUUUGCUGGAUGUGGCCAUCAACGUGGAGAUGCGUAAGGCCCGGAUUGCAAAGCUCAUCAAGGAGACACGAGAGAAGAAGGCGAAAAAGCCUAUGCCAACUGAUAAUAUGCUGCUUGCAUGUUCUUCCAGUGCUGAUGUUAUUGAGCCAGAUGAAAAUACUGUGCCGACCAGCACAACCAAGAGUAGUAAGUCUAAGACGGCCAAGUCCAAGAAGUCUUCAUCGACCAAUAAGAAGCCGAUAUCAAUGCCCGAGUGUUCAGUAGAUGCAGAGAAGCAACGAGAGGAGGACAUUCGAGCUGCAACGCUAUUAUUCACCAACAACACCGUACUUUAUGCAAUGGAUGACAAAAUGCUUAUUACGUUGUGGAGAAUAUCAGCCCGGCAGCCCAAGACGAGCCUGAAUAAGAUCCUAAAGGGCUAUGUUUUCACACGUUCUGUAAACUAUUACUCGUCCUGGCUUGCCCGGAGGAAACAUUGGAGGAAGCCGAAGAUUCGCGCUCUGAAAUCGGCCAAUUUUCUGGACCCAGCGAUGGUGAAAUUCUUCAGGGAUGUGCCUGGAUACGCGUCAGAUGCCACUGAUGACCAUACAGAGUGAGUAAGUCAUGUAGCUCCGUGACUCAUUGCACCACAGCUCCCAGUCGUGGUGAAUUCGCAGUGAUACGUCAAUGGCUCCUCUAUGCCUAUGCCCAGUCUUGGUGAGUCCACAGUGAUGCAGCGAUGGCUGCUCUAUGCUAUGAAGCACAGGCAUGGCUGCACUGGAGACCUUCCUACUCUGUUCCUGUGAUCCAGCUGUAGUAAGGGAUAGCGAUGGGUCAACAGCUCGGUCAACAGCUCUCCAAUACGCCACUCCGCCAUUAUGGGACGCGUCCCCAGCGGCACUGUGUCAACGAAGUCACUAUCAUUCACCAUCUCUGUUGUCUGAAGCUGCAGAUUUGCUUUCUCGGGGGUACAGCACACUAGUGAGCCUCGAAGCAACGCAUCCCUUGCCAGACUCUGGGCCGCACUCAAACCCUCUGUGCAGACCCAACUCACUCACCGGGCUCUGGGUCGCAACUGAACAACCUGUGCCAAGCCAGCUCCGUUGCGGAUGGUGAUUCGACUGUUUCCGAAUGCCGCAAAAGUGACACCCUGCAGCAGCUCCACAGUGAACAGGCCCGUAUUGCAGAUGCAGAUGGAAGUGCAGCAUUUCACUGCUCCGAAAACGCGGAGGAGCCUGAACAGGAUGGAAAGGCUUUUGCCAUGCCCCUACCUUGUCGCAGUGCCAAUUUGGUACACACACAACAUGUCAACGUUGCCACCGUGUUGCAUGAUCGGUAUUGCUGCAGGUAGCUUGGUUCGCUGACUCUUCCAGUACGUUCCUAUAUACAAGUA